AUGUUCAGGAGCGCCCUUCAAAAAUCCGCCGUCCGGGCCUCGAGGAGCGCCUUCAAACCAGCAAUCUCUACUGGACUAAGAGUUGCAGGUGCUCGAUUUGCGAGCGACGCUGCCCUCCAUGGCAAGAUCCAUCAGGUCAUUGGUGCCGUUGUGGAUGUAAAAUUCGAUACCGACAAGCUCCCUCCUAUUCUCAACGCUCUCGAGACAGACAAUGGUGGCCAAAGACUGGUUCUCGAGGUUGCACAACAUCUUGGUGAGAAUGUCGUCCGGACAAUUGCUAUGGAUGGUACCGAAGGUCUCGUCCGUGGUCACCGGGCAACCGAUACUGGAAACCCAAUCAUGGUGCCAGUCGGCCCAGGAACGCUUGGUCGUAUUAUGAACGUUACUGGUGAUCCAAUUGAUGAGCGUGGCCCCAUCAAGUAUACCAAGAGACUACCGAUUCACGCCGAUGCUCCCCCCUUCACCGAGCAAUCCACAGCUGCCGAGGUCUUGGUUACCGGUAUCAAGGUCGUCGACUUGCUCGCCCCCUACGCUCGUGGUGGAAAGAUUGGUCUCUUCGGAGGAGCUGGUGUCGGAAAGACUGUGUUCAUUCAAGAGUUGAUCAACAACAUUGCGAAGGCUCACGGUGGUUACUCCGUCUUCACUGGUGUCGGAGAGCGUACUCGUGAGGGUAACGAUCUGUACCAUGAAAUGCAGGAGACUUCAGUUAUUCAACUGGAUGGUGACUCCAAGGUCGCGUUGGUCUUCGGUCAGAUGAACGAGCCCCCAGGAGCCCGUGCCCGUGUUGCUCUCACUGGCUUGACCGUUGCUGAGUACUUCCGUGACGAGGAAGGUCAAGAUGUGUUGCUCUUCAUCGACAACAUUUUCCGUUUCACCCAAGCCGGUUCCGAAGUGUCUGCUCUUCUUGGUCGUAUCCCAUCUGCCGUCGGUUAUCAACCAACUCUCGCCGUCGACAUGGGUCUCAUGCAAGAGCGUAUUACAACCACCAACAAGGGCUCCAUUACCUCCGUCCAGGCCGUCUAUGUCCCCGCUGAUGAUUUGACUGAUCCCGCCCCUGCCACCACCUUCGCCCAUUUGGACGCCACAACUGUGCUUUCCCGUGGUAUCUCUGAGUUGGGUAUCUACCCUGCUGUCGACCCUCUGGAUUCCAAGUCUCGUAUGUUGGAUCCCCGUAUCAUCGGACAAGAGCAUUACGACACCGCCUCCAAGGUCCAGCAAAUGUUACAAGAGUACAAGUCUCUCCAGGACAUUAUUGCCAUUCUGGGUAUGGAUGAAUUGUCAGAAGCUGAUAAGUUAACCGUCGAGCGUGCCCGAAAGAUCCAAAGAUUCUUGUCUCAACCUUUCGCAGUUGCCGAAGUUUUCACUGGUAUUCCCGGUGUCCUUGUUGACCUGAAGGAUACCAUCCGGUCUUUCCAGGCUAUUAUGCAAGGAAAUGGUGAUGAUCUACCUGAGGCUUCGUUUUACAUGGUUGGAGAUAUAGAUGCUGCUCGUGCCAAGGGAGAGAAGAUUCUGGCUGAUUUGGAGAAGAACGAGUAA